AUGGCUCCCCAGUGCCCCCCAGAGCUCCCCAUGGCUCCCCAGGGCUCCCCAUAGCUCCCCAUGGCUCCCCAGUGCCCCCCAGGGUUCCCCAUGGCUCCCCAGUGCCCCCCAGGGCUUCUCAGAUCUCCCAAGGCCUCAACUCAGCUCACUGGGCUCCCCAAGGAUUUCCAGUGCUCCCCAGGGUUCGCCUCAACUCCCCGCAGCUCCCCGUUCUUCUCCAGCGCUCCCCGGUCCUCCCCGGGCACACCAGUGUUGCCGGAGCAGGACGCUCGGCACCCCUGAACCUCAGCCAGGCUGCAGCACCGGAAUGCGCUGCAUGGCGUGUCCGGGCGCCACGAGCGGUGCCGACAGCGGUGCCCGGAUCUGCGGUGGCCGUGGCUGGAGCCACAGCGGCUCUAGGCACCCGCCGCAGGGAGGUGACGGCCGUGUCACAGUGGGCAGCGCUGGCUGCGUCACCGCGAUGUCACCGUGGGGCUGUGACACGGGCGCCCUGGCCGGUAGAAAGGGGGCUGCUCCCGGAGCUGGGGGAGCAUUUGGAGGAGAACCUCCAUGGUGCUGGGCGGGACUUUGGAGGGCGCUCAGCAGAAAUCCACGGCGCGUGGCCAGCGCCGCGCAGCAAUGGUGCUGGUCCCAGGACACGCGGGUGCCGGCCGCCCCGGCCCUGGCGCAGCUCCCAGCGCCCUGGGGCGGACUGGAGGGGCCUGUUCCCACCACGCUCCGGCAACGUGUCCCGCUUGCUUUGCAGAGGGCGCAGCGGGCAGAGCUCAGGGAAGCUGUUUGGGAGCAGGUGGAGGUCAAGAAGCUGCUGCAAAAGAAGCUCCAGCGGCUCCGGGAGAGAUGGGAACGAGUCCAAGAGCCAACAGCUCUCCCAGAAGCCCGUGGUGCCCGGAGCAGCGGGAAGGCGGCGCAGGGAAACGAUGCAGAGCAGGCGCUGCUGCAAGAGCUGGUGGCCGCGCGGCUGGAGGAGCAGCUGGCGUCGAGGUGGCACCGCGGCACUGCGGGGCUGAGGUCGCCGUCCUCACCCUGGUGCUGCUGCAGGGAGACGUCCCGAACGGCUCCGUCCUGGCGGCUCCUCUGGGGGCUGCCCAGCGAGCCCCCGGUUCUUCUUCCAAAACCCAACUGGAAAGGGAAUAAAGAAACUGUGACUGCAGGACCCGUGUGUGACCUUGUCACCCGUGUCAGUGACGGGCGGGAGGGAGGUGGCUGCUGCUUUCCGCGCUGCCCGUGCUCUCCCCUCGGCGGCUCUGCCUGCGCACCCUGUGCUGAGUGCGGGGACACGGGGACACGGGGAGUCGCAACGGCCGCCCGCAGACGGGCAGCGAACUCAGAGACACGGCGUGUGGCCUUUGUUUGCCUCAAAGGACUUGUUCUCCAGCUCCGGCGGGCAGGGGGAGGCGAGCGCUGCAGGGCACAACGGUGCCUUUUCCUUGGGACCAGCUCCUACAAAACAAAGGCAACACCUUUGCCAUAAAGGCAUUAACCACGCUCGUGCAAAAGCGGGUGCUGCUGCGGUCACAGCGGCCACGGGGAACUGCGACCAGCAGAGAGUCCCAGAGGACCAUGGAUUCAUGUUUUGAAGGAAUGCGCAAGCAUCCCAAUCACCAUGAGAAGCGGGAGAGGGAGGAGACGAGAAGAAAACCACCUCCCUCCCAUAUCUGACAGGGAAUUGAACUAAAUAUAUCAGCCUGUGCACUCAGCACCGGUGCGCACGCACCACGGCGGGGCGGCAGACACGGCGGUGGAUCUCGGCACGGUGACACCUCUUCUCUCUCUGUCCCUCUGUGUUUCUAUCUUCAUUCUGGCCACAUAAGGGUAAUAAGAUUCUGAGUUUUGUUGCUGCAUUUCUGUUAAGUUUGAGGGUGCACGUACAAGUUUUGCGCAGUCAAUAGUGGCUGUAAAUUUGUGAUGUGCUUCAAUUGGUAAUUGUCGUUACUGUUGGUUAUAGGAACACCACGGGAAGCGAGGGCGGCCGCUGCGGCUCCCGUGUGCCCCGAGCCUGCUCCCUCUGCGCGGGGUGCGCAGGCAGAGCCUCUUGGAGGGGAAGCAAGAGCCGCCCCCAGCCGGUCCCCGGUGCCACUGCUGCCCCUGCGGCUGCUGCAGCUCCCGGCAGUUCUGUCCGACACCCGCACAACAGCCCGGGCGACAAAGAGGAGUCGCCCAGAGGCCCUGACACAGCCCGGCCAGCACAGCGGGGACACGGGCACAGGAGGGGACAGCGACCCCCAUGCCCACCGCUCGUCCUGCAGCUCCUGCUGUUCUUCCCAGGACACUGCUGCCCCUCCCCCCCGCAGCUCUGCCUCAAGAGGAGCGGGAACGGGAACGUCUCCACGAGGGGCGGGGGCUGCAGGAGAACCCCCACGGCACCGCGCCCACGGCACCGCGCCCACGGCAACGCCCCCACGGCACCGCGCCCCACGCCCACGGCACC